AUGAAUAUUUUUCAGAGAAUUUUAAAAAAAAAUAUAUCACUAUAUAAUGGAUUACUGAAUAAUUAUAAAAGAAAUUCAUUUUCUGAUAUGAAAAAUGACAAAGAUAGAUCAAAUUUUGUGCUAAAAUAUAUUAAAAAAGAUAUUAAUAUAUCAAGUAGUAUAUGUAAUUUUGAACAAAAAAAAAUAUCAAAAAAUAAUUAUAUAGAAAUAUAUACAGAUGGUUCUAGUCAUUAUUAUGAAGGGGGAAAGGUUAUUACAGGAAUUGGUGUAUAUUUCGGAGAUAAUGAUAAAAGGAAAGUAAAUAUAUCAGAGCGUAUUUUUGAUAAGAAACAGACAAGUCAACGAGCAGAAAUUAUAGCAGUUAUACGUGCUAUAGAAUCUGUAUCAGAUGAUGAAGAUAUUAGAAUAAAUACAGAUUCAAAAUAUACAAUAAAUUCGUUAACUAUAUGGCAUAAAAAAUGGGAAAAAAAUAAUUGGAAAAAAAUAAAUACAAAAUCAGUAAAAAAUAAAGAUUUACUUGAAAAAGCUGUUGAAUUAAUUAAAAAACGUUCUGGGUGCACUGAAUUAAAAUACGUUUCUAGUCAUAGUAAUAUUCAUGGUAACAAGCAGGCAGAUUAUCUCGCAAAUAUGAGUAUUUCUUUUCAAAAAAAUGUGUAA